GGAACGGGACCGGACGGGACGGGGCGGCAGCCGGUGCCCAGGGAUGUUCGGCCGGAGUCGGGGGCGGCCCGGGGCCUCGGGGCGGCUCCUCCCGCUGCUGCUGCUGCUCGGGGGCGCCGCGGGCCGGAUCCACCGCCUGGUGCUGACGGGUGAGAAGAGGGCUGACAUCCAUCUGAACACCUUCGGCUUCUACGCGAAUGGCUCCCUGGAGGUGAACGUGAGCCGGCUGCAUCUCGGCCUUGGCAGCGCCAAGCAGGACAAGCCUUGGGUCGGCUUCAGCUUGUCCAGGACGAGGAUUCGCGAGGCCCUCUCCUACCCAUUUUCCUCUCUGCAGGGGAAGGAAUCUCAUAACUGCACCUUGGAACAAACCGGAGCGGAGUCGCGAAUCCUCUUCCUCAUUGACGUCAAACAGAACAAGGUUCAAGUGCGGAAGCUGGGAGAGCAGAAGAAGCUGCAGAUUUAUUCCGGUCUGCUCCCCGAGGUGCAGAAUGGGGGCUCGGAUCCGAAACCAGCCGACGAUAGCAAGGACCAGGCUGCUGUCAGUAAAGGCACAGAAGGACAGCCGGAAGUGCCUGGUAAAGCGCCUGAUGCGGCCAACCCCCAGAAGAAGACAGAGGGCGAAGCCAAGCAGCCGGAUUCCAGCCACAGAGGGGAAGAUCUGGUCCUAGAUCUAGGGAACGUGAACGACUCCUACAACUUCAGCUUCCACGUAGUGAUCGGCUCGGAGGCGGAAGGUCUGUACAACCUCAACUUUCACAACUGCCACAAUAGAGCCCCGGCAAACCAGAUGCCUUACGACAUCACCGUGAUGAUCCGAGAGAAGAACCCGGAUGGGUACCUGUCAGCUGCCGAGAUCCCCCUCAUCAAACUCUACCUGGUCAUGUCCGCCUGCUUCCUGGCCGCGGCCACCGUGUGGGUCUACUUCCUCUGCCAGCACAAGUUCAGCGUGUUCAAAAUCCACUGGCUCAUGGCUGCCUUAGCUUAUACCAAGGCCCUUUCUCUCCUCUUCCACAGCAUCAACUACUAUUUCAUUAAUACCGAGGGUCACCCGAUUGAGAGCUUAGCCGUCAUGUACUUCGUGACCCACCUGCUGAAGGGUGCCCUGCUCUUCAUCACCAUUGCGCUGAUCGGGACAGGCUGGGCCUUCAUCAAGUACAUCCUGUCGGACAAAGAGAAGAAGCUCUUCGUGAUCGUCAUCCCCCUGCAGGUGCUGGCCAACGUCGCUUACAUUAUCAUCGAGUCCUCGGAGGAGGGCAGCAGUGACUACGCCUCCUGGAAGCAGAUCCUCUUUCUCGUGGACCUGCUCUGCUGCGGGGCCAUCCUCUUCCCCGUGGUGUGGUCCAUCCGCCACCUCCAGGAGGCCUCCAGCACGGACGGCAAAGCUGCCACAAACCUGGCGAAACUGAAGCUUUUCAGACAUUACUACGUCAUGGUCGUGUGUUACAUUUACUUCUCCCGUGUCAUUGCCAUCCUGCUCAAAUUCACCGUCCCCUUCCAGUGGCAGUGGCUCUACGAGCUCCUGGUUGAAGUAUCCACCUUGGUUUUCUUCAUCCUAACGGGAUACAAGUUCCGCCCGGCUUCGAACAACCCUUAUCUACAGCUGCCCCAAGAGGACGAGGAGGAGGAGGAGGAACUGCAGAUGAAUCAGGUGAUCACAGAAGCCGGCGUCCAUGAGGGUCUCUCCAAGCUGAAGAAGAGCAGGGCUGCCCGCGAGGCGGUGUGAGGGCUAUCCGCCCAGACUGUCGCUAGUGCCCGGACCGUGGGGAGGCCGCCGGGUCCGAGCCUGCGGCCCAGCCGAAGAUUCCCAAGCAGGACAGAGAAAUCGGGGGUUUUGUGUUGAAUUCCUGCCUCUCUGCUCCCCUGCCCCACCUUGUGGCAGUGCUAAGAACUGCAUGGCCCUGUGCAAUUCCAGCAGCUGUUUGCAGGACCAGGCCUGUUCUCCAGACUGCAGGAAGUUCAGACGAACUCUGGAUGGCUGAGGGCUGCCGUCUCUUGUACGGGGCGGGGGGUGGGGACUUUGGCCAGCCAAGCUCCGCCCUUCUCCUUCAAGAGUGGUUUCCAGACCCACUUCCUGAUCCAUGCAUCCCUGCUUCUAGUUUAGAUGCAUUCUCCACCAGUAGCCCCCACCCUCACCAGCUCUCCUACCGCCUUCUCCUUCACUCCAUGGACGAGCUGGGGCCGACCAGCAAAGGUGGAGCUGGCGUUCAGCACCAACAUCUGGCUGGGGUCAAAGAGGUCCUGUACCACUGGGGUGAGUCGAUAGAUCGUUCCCGGGCAGAGGAGAAAUACGUAGCGAUCUUCAGCUGAGACUAAGAGCUCACCAGCUCCCCAGUGUUGCUGGUGGAGCUGAGCAACAGGCCAGGAUCUAGACAACAUCUGAGCAGUGAAGCUUGGCUCACGUUCAUCUGGAGCUCGGUGGCACCCCGAAAGGUGUGGUGCCCUUUACCUGGGGGCCAUGGUUUUCACUCUAGCAUUAGUGGUACCUCCUUCCUGGGAGAAGCAGUUUUUCAGGGGCAGGCUGCCCCGGGCUUCUUGCUAGACCCUGUCAGGUGGUAGGUUCAGGGUGUGAUUCUAGCACCAACUGGGACCUCUAGGCUUGCGUCUUGGUUGCCUCUCUGUGACUUGCCUCCCGCCUCUGCUCUGCCCAUCUCCCCGGGAGCUGGCUUCGUUCCUGCAGGCUCGGCUCCUGCCCUUGGUUACCUGUGCAGCGCUGUGGAACGUGGGGUUUAGCCUUUACAGGGAGUGCGCUGGGCUCUUGCCUGCGCCACGGGGACUGAGGGAGGAGAGAACCUGGCUUAAUUUAGCUCCCUUUGAGGUGGGGCAACCAACCUGCUCCUCUAGUGGAACAAACCUCUCUAACCCUAGAGAGAGGGUAGGUGGGAUCCGCUGGUGCAGGAGGCCUGUAUCCCUGCUGCGAUCAGCUCAGCACCCCUGAAACAGCAGGUCCUUAGCUGCUGUGCACCAGUCUAAAGGCAGGAGCAGGAGAUCACAGUGUGAGGCCAGGAAUGAUUUUGGGACCAGGCCCCUGCUUGUGACACUAGCAGAGUUCAGGCCGGGGUAGAAUAGCCACUGUCCUGAUCUUAAAUGCAUUUAUACAACCUGCUCAGGGGCUGCAAGGUGGGGGAGGAGACCUCCCCACAAGGGAGAUCCUUGGGUGACACCACCCUCUCUCUGGCUGCCUCUGUUGCUCUACUGAAUAACUCUGCCCUCGGGUGUGAUGCCCUUGUAAGUGGGGGCUCAAUCCCUCCCC